AUGGCCGAGUGGUCUAAGGCGCCAGACUCAAGUUCUGGUCUUCGAAAGAGGGCGUGGGUUCAAAUCCCACUUCUGACAACUCUUUAUUUUUUACACUGA